CUCCCCUUCCUGCUGCUCCGUCGCCUGAGGAGAGGAACCCUGUCCGCCCGUUCCGUCCUCCCCGCACCCCGACGCCUGGAGCACCGAGAGCUACUUCUGUACGACGACAACACCCGAGAGGAGCCGGCACCCUCCUCCGUGCUGGGCCUUCUGCUGGCCAGACUGCGAGAGGACGGCUGCCCCGCCUACUACCUGAAAGGAGGUUACAGCAAAUUCCAGAGGGAAUACCCCGAUCAUUGCGAAGCCGGCCUCGACAGCCCCUCCCCUACCGAUCCCACUCCAGAAUGCGUCCUCGGCCUGGGGGGCUUGAGGAUCAAUUCCGAAGGUUCGGACGGCGAGUCUGACCGGGAGCCAAUCAGCGCGACCGAAUCGGAAGGCAGCCCCGCCCUCAGCAACCAGUCGACAUUCCCCGUGCAGAUCCUGCCGUAUUUGUACCUCGGCUGCGCGAAAGAUUCCGCCAACUUGGAUAUACUGGCCAAAUAUAACAUCAAGUACAUCCUGAACGUCACCCCCAACCUGCCCAACACGUUCGAGCACAACGGAGAGUUCAAAUACAAGCAGAUCCCCAUCUCGGACCACUGGAGCCAGAACCUCUCCCAGUUCUUCCCCGAUGCCAUCUCCUUCAUCGACGAAGCUCGGUCCAACAAAUGCGGCAUCUUGGUCCACUGCCUGGCCGGCAUCAGCCGCUCGGUGACGGUCACCGUCGCUUACCUCAUGCAGAAACUCAACCUGACCCUCAACGACGCCUACGACUUCGUGAAGAGGAAAAAGUCGAACAUCUCCCCCAACUUCAACUUCAUGGGGCAGCUGCUGGACUUCGAAAGGACACUGGGACUGAAAAGCCCUUGUGAGAUCCACUCGCCCGCCAGCAACCAGCUCUACUUCACCACGCCCACCAACAACAACCUCUUCCAGCUCGACAGCCUGGAGAUCACAUGAUCCAGCGUCUGUCCGAGGUCCUCCCUGUGAAAGUGUUGUGUGGAUGAGCGGGCGGGCGCAGCAUUAAUGAGCAUCAGGUCUGCAUGGAGUCUGUAUUUAUAUAUAUAUAUAUAUAUAUUGUAAUAAUGCAAACACCUUUUUUUUUUUUGUGAUUGUAAGUACUUAACUUCUCUUAUUUUGAUACGAAUUCGGAUCUGAGACCCGUUCUCGAUCUUGCACUUAAACGUCCAAAUCAGCAUUCCUUCUAAAAGAGCAAUCAUAGCCUGAGAUAGCUGCAGGGUUCAACCUGUUU